CGAACUUCCAAUUAUGGUUGGUUAUCAAAAACGGGGAAGAGGUGCCAAUGAAGAAAGUCGGAGAUAAGUUGAUCCCCAAGACCGAAGACGAAUUUGAUGCCGAAGACAUCAAGAAAGUAGAAAACUAUGCAAAGGCGAUUAACAUGCUCUACUGCGCGGUCAAUCCCGAUGACUACCGCAAGAUCUACUGCUGCUCAACCGCCAAGGAGAUGUUGGAUAAGCUCGAGGUGACGUACGAAGGAACAGACCAAGUACGUGAAGCCAAGAUCGACUUCCUCACCCAAGAGUAUGAGAUGUUCAGGAUGAAGGAGCACGAGAAGAUCGACAAUAUGUUCGACCGUUUUUCCAAGAUAGUCAACAAUCUUCAUGCAUUAAAGAAGACGUACACCGACAGGGAUCUUGUGCGAAAGAUCCUACGGAGCUUGACAUCCGAAUGGCGAUCCAAGGCCGAUGCCAUCUAUGAAUCAAUCGGCACAUCAAAUGUCACCAUCGACGGUCUAAGAGACACGAGCAGGGCUGCCACCUCUGGGAAAUCAAAGUCAAAAUCUCGGGAACCGGCAACAAACUCUGAGGAGCGCCUCUACUUUGGCGAUGGGUCGUACCUUUGGUUCGAUUCCGAGGAGGAGCGCACCCGUUUCCUCACCUUCUUCUCUAAACGGGUUGUGGCUCCCUCAAGGAUCGUCUCGGAGCGCCUACCAGAGCUACAAGGCUACGACAACCUCGACGCACAGUUUCAUCAAACCGGCCUCUGGUCGUUUGUCUCCCGGACUCGGAAGGAGAUCAACCUAGCGCUGAUUCGGGUCUUCUACUCCAACCUCUGGCGUGAGGACGACGUGCUCCACUCCUUUGUCAAGAGCAAGCCGAUUGAGCUCACCGUUGAGCAGCUUGGCGCAUCGCUGGCCUUCCUUACCAAGGCGACGAUGUCUCCCACUGAGUCGGAGAGGAAUGGGUGCUCAACAACGAGGGCCUUAUCCUCAACGAGCUUGGCAUCACCGAGCUCAUCCGGCACGCCUCGAGCCGCCCCACCAUCCACUCAGCGAAAAACGAAGGCCGUCUCCUCCUCUACAUCGUGUCCCGGAUUAUCAAACCCCGGGAGCACGGGCACACGAUCAUGUCCGGCCACGAAGCUUUGGACGAUCAGCACCCAAACCUUCACAAAGCGGUCGGACAACGCCGCGCCUGCCACUGCCGUGCCACGCCGCACUGCCACUGCCCCUGGCCCAGCUGAACCCCAGGCCCGGGCCAACCUUGCCUCCAUUGCCGACUCCCUCAACCGCCUUCACUUCAAAGUUGACGGGAUGGAUGGCUACCUUGAGAGGCUCGACGAGGAUGUCCAACGCCAAGGGUACGCCAUGAACGCGUACUUCCAACGCGUUAACUACGUCCCCCACCGUACCAUGGCACGUUUUGAUAAUGCCAAACCGCCGUGACAAUAACAAGGUUAAAGUGAG